AUGGCAACUACCACUCAAUGCGCAGCCGUCGAUCAGUCGGCCACUAUCAUGUCGUCACGAAUUGCAGAACUGAAGGAAAGAAGGAGAUCACUGACUAAUAGCAUUCCUAUGAAUCGCACUUCCUCGAGUCUCUCCAUGGCAUCCUUGAGAAGUGAUAGAAGUUCCGUCGAGGAUGAGACUGAGAAACUUGAGAGAAGUCUGAGCCGAAUUCGAAUUAGAAGACCGUCGCUACAAGUCAACGUAGAUCUAAACGGAAUCGUUGGUGCCGAACCAACAAUCGACGAAACAAAGAGCGAAAUGUCUUCUGUUUCGAAAACCUCAAAACAAGAAAAGUCGGCAUCAUUGGCACCAACUAGCAUGCUCGGAAAGGCAUAUGCGAAAGCGAUUCUCGCAAAUUAUCCUGAUCAGCAGAGCGCAGUCAGCAAGGUCUACAAGAAAACGAUUCUAGCAAACUACCCAGUUCCUGCCGAGAGCCAAAAAUCCGUCGACUCAAUCACGGAACGAACCCUUUCGUUUUCGGAUGGAGGGUCCGAGAGAAGUGGCAGAAGCAGCUAA